AUGGAGAUAUUUCUACGCUAUCUAGGCGAUCCAGGCUUUCAGAGCGGAGUAGCAGAAGACUAUGAGAUUCACCGCACUACAGCUUGCAAAACGGUAAGUUUGGUUCUUAAUAAAGUGUGUCAGAAGGCAGAUCACUCGAUUACAUUUCCAACAACUGUCAGUGAACUGAAUGAUGCGAAAGUUAAAUGGCAAUCACGUUUCACAAUUCCUACUGUGAUCGGGGCGUUGGACUGCACUCACGUAAAAAUAAAAAGACCAGGAAGAUUUGUGGACGAGUACGUAAAUCGCAAAGGCUAUACAAGUAUAAAUGUACAAACUACUUGUGAUGCUAGCGAAAAGUUUACAAGUAUAGAUGCACAGUGGUCAGGAAGUGUACACGACGGCAGGAUUUGGAGGCGAAGUAUAGUAAAUGAGGUCUUAUCACAGUUUAAGGGAUCAUUUUGUCUCCUUGGCGAUUCUGGAUAUGGAAUAUCACCAUGGCUUUUAACUCCAUUUAAACCUGCAAUAAACAGACAACAGGAAAGGUUUAACCUAUUACAUUCUCGAGAAAGGGUGACAAUAGAAAGACUAUUCGGACAACUGAAAAUGCGCUUUCCUAUACUCGGCAAUACUGUCAGAGUAUCAAGUGAGAAGGUACCGAAAAUAAUAUUGUGUUGCGCAGUACUGCAUAAUGUAGCAAAAUAUUUGAACGAUGACUUUAACCUAGAAGAAGCCUUUGAAGAUGAACCUUUGGACGAAGUAAUGUAUGAAGACGAGGAAGAUGAUGACAGAAACCCUUUGCGGCGUCUAGGAGUACGAAAACGCGAGGAUAUAAUUGCAGUUUUGAAUUUAUAA